UCUUCCCCCGCCGCCAUGGAAGGGGGCGUGAGGCUGCGCGCGGGCGCCUCCAAGCAGGACGUGCGGGAGAAGGUGUGGGACUACCUGGAGGCCAGCGGCCUGGCCGCCUUCCCGCGGCCCGUGCACCGCCGCAUCCCCAACUUCCAGGGGUCUCACCAGGCUUGCUGCUCUAUUAAAGAGCUGGAUGUGUUCAGCAGAGCACGUGAGAUUAAAGUGGAUCCUGACAAGCCUCUAGAAGGUGUUCGGCUGGCGGCGCUGCAGGCAAGGAAGACUUUGUUGGUUCCCACACCACGUCUGAGAACUGGGCUGUUCAAUAGGAUUGUUCCACCUUCAGGUGCAACUAAGGAGAUCCUGCGAAUAUGUGCCACGUCUCAAGGUAUAAAAGAAUACAGUGUGCCUGUGGGUCUUGAUGGGAAAGCACGAGUGGACUUGGUUGUUGUAGGAUCAGUGGCUGUCUCUGAAAAAGGCUGGAGAAUUGGAAAAGGGGAAGGUUAUGCAGACAUGGAAUAUGCAAUGAUGGUGUCAAUGGGUGCAGUGCAGGAGGAUACACCUGUAAUUACCAUUGUGCAUGACUGUCAGGUGGUUGACAUAGCAGAAGAGCUUCUUGAUGAUCACGAUUUAACUGUGGAUUAUAUACUCACUCCAACAAGAACUAUCAAGACUAAUUGCAAACGACCGAAACCUCAGGGAAUAUUAUGGCAUAAGGUCAGCUAUGAGAUGCUGGAAAAAAUCCCCAUCCUAAAAAGUCUUCGAUACAGAGAGAAGCAGGCUGGCAAGGAUGUUACCCUCCAAGAUGAACAUUCAGACUUGGCACAUGCCACCACGUUGGAUGAGAAGGCGAUGGCUGAAAACACAAGACCGCAGGCUGCAGCGGGCUCAGCUCAAAGAGGACAACCUUACGUUGAAAGCGAUCCUUUAAGUCCCAGAUUAGGGGGAUCUGGCACGAUGACUACUGUGUAUGUGGGGAACAUACCUCCCAGCGUAAGAGUGAGCGAGCUGAAAUGUGCUUUAAGGGAAUUCCACGCGACUCCUUUACGACUGAGUUGGCAAGGAGCGCAGCGCAGGGCUUUUCUCGAUUACAAGGAUAAAGCAACCGCAGAGAGUGCUGUAUCCUCUUUGAAAGGCUUGAGCCUCGGGGGUCAUACUUUGCGAGUUGAGCUGGCCAAGAAUCAGAGAAACAAAGGGCAAGUUGAAAUCAAUAGUCAGAAAGGAGUAUGAAGAGAGGGAAAAAAAAAAAAAAAAGAAAAAAAGGAGUUUUCAUUGUUUUGUGAGAAGCCAACCUAAGUUUUCAAGGGUAUUAGUAUAUCCUCUGGUUACUGCAGGCUAAACAGCAAAGUGUGAAGCCAACUUUUCAGAGAAAUGAGGCAUACAUCUCACAGCUGACUUGCCUGCCUCGUUCCUCCAGCUGUACAUGCAAAGUGUAUUUGUCAAGACAGAUGAGAGGAGGACUGUUUCUCCAUAAACAGUUAUCCACAAAAUACCCACACUCUGUGUAUUUGUUUUUUGUUGGCCAGGGGUUGAUUUGCUGCUCGGUGUGUACAUUUGUUAGGCCUGGAUCAAAAACCUGCCCCUUGGGAGCUGUGUGCAGCCACAUGUAGCGAGGUGAUUGUGUUCUGUCAUCUGAAGGUUGUACCUGCAGAUUUGUACUCGUGAGCUUAAAAGCCAGCUGCAGAAAAUCUGUCUUAAGAGUUACAAUUCUGUUUACUAAAAAAUAGGGUUUGCCUGUUGGGAGUUUUUGGGAUAUUUUUCAUAAAAAUGGCUGGGGGGAGAGAUUGCCCUUAUUGUGCUCCUGAAGAAGGGCUGUGGAAACACUGGCUCAGCCACUGAGUUCUGUAAUAGCUAUUAAUGUCAGGUGGAAGAAAUGGUAGCCCCUUUCUCAGCUUUGUUUUGUGAAUCCAGCCUUUAGUAAACCUUGUAUUUCUUAUUUCAGUCCGGCAGAGGAAAGUGAAGACCAGUUUCUCCUCUGCUUUUCCCCCAAACACUUCAGUUACCUUUUUCAUGGAUGCAGAUAAUUAUAAAAUAGAUACUUUUUCUGAU